AUGAGUUGUCAGGUUACAGACAUUGCAAUAAGUUUACGCCUCACGGUAGAAGUUCGGAAUCGUUUGCUUUUCAUAAUCGUAUACGCAAGGUACUUCUGUUUUGCCUUCAACAUUAUAAAAAAUUUAUCGAGGGUCUUGGGUCGAUUUGACCACGGGCAAGGCCUCACCUUCAUCUUCCAAAGCAAAAUCUGUGCUUCUUCCAUCACACAGUGA